CUAAUCAUGUUAUGAGACAUUCGCUCGCCCGCUCACCCUUCAUUCGCGCUUACGUUAAUAUCCGCUAUUAUCAUCCUUUCUGCCUUAGCUAAUAAACUGCUUACUAGUGUUGUGCCUGUGCCCUUCUCUAAUAAACUUAUAACGCGUAAUAAACUAAUAGUGUGUGUAGACGGACUUAUCAUUUCCCGCCUUAAGAACAAUACCUGCGAUCAACAAAUACCCCAGCAUACCAUUCCUGACUUAUGGAGUUGAAACAACAGCCCUUUCCACAUCAGCUCAUGCAGGCCACUUUGACACGUCUCCAGGAGAUGUACCAUGGAACACCACGGCCACAGUCCUGGCUGCUGCGCUGUCAGCUCCCAUGUUUUCCAUUCUUGUGGAUCGAUAUGGGAGAAAGAGUGGCAUUUAUGUUAUCAACUUGAUGCAGGGGGCUUCUUGUAUUCCUCUUUUUCUACCAGCAUCGUUUACUAGUCAGAUCACCCUCCACGUCAUGGCCGGCGUCGCUUCUGGAGGUCUCUUUACCGUCAUACCGACCUACAUUAGAGAGAUAAACAAUAGUCAUAGAGCGGUGUUCCUAUCCCUGAUGGUGGUAAUGGCAAAUGCAGGCUAUAUGACGGAGUUGAUAAUAGACUUGGAAGCUAUGAUGUUUGUCAUGGUGGGGUUGGUGGCAGCUCAAUUUUUGUCAUUGUUGAUAAUGAUGGAAACGCCAAGCUAUUUGGUCAAAGUUGGGAAGACAGAUAUAGCAAAGAAAAACUUGGCGGAACUAUAUUGCCUCCAAGUAGACGAUGCGGCUGUGUCAAAGGAACUACAAACUUUAAAAGACGAGAUGGACAGAGUGUUUGUGACAAAAUUCCACUGCUUUGGGAUUUUGAAGAAUCCAAUAUAUAGAGAUGCGACAAAAAUAGGCGUAGUUCUCUAUAUAUCCUUAGUUCUUUGUGGAAGUAUAGCAUUCCUGGACCACGAUAAAGUGUUGGCUCAGUUGAAAAUGACCUUCGGAUUGGAGAAAACUUUGCUUUUGAGCAGCAUGUUCGCUGGAAGUGUCUUUUGUUUAUGUAUUGUGCACUUUGUUGAAAGAAAAUACAUCCUGACCUCUGGAUUCGUGAUCAUGGCACUCUCAACAGGGGUCUUAGCAGUCUAUACCCAAGCUGACCUCACAGUGGAUUCCCUGCAGUGGGUUGCAGUGGCCUCCCUUGGUGUCCUUGUCUUCGGAUUCGGGAUGUCCUGGGGAUUACCUGUUGUUAUCAUGUGUGAAAUUUAUAAUUUGAAGAUUCGACCAACAAUGCUCGGAUUCCUCUACACCCUAUCUCAAUUAUUAAAACUUAUCCACGUAACCACGUACCAAUAUAUAGAAGAUUAUAUGGGAUUGUAUAUAGUUAUGUAUAUAUUUGCUGGUGUCAAUAUAUAUGCCGGUGUAUAUUCAAUGUUCAAAAUACCCGAUUUAAAAGGGAAGACAGUUAGGCAAAUUGAGAGACAAUUGAAAAGAGUACCUUUGCUACAUUUUAAUGUAAUUAAAGUUUAAUGUUUUUAGAUGUGA